ACUUUUUAGAACUUUAUUCCUAUUUUCCAUCCGAACACUAUUAGAACUAUUUACAACAAGAUGAUACUGAAAAUAUUUGUUAUAGUCUUUCUAAUGGCGGAGGUUCGAGCUUGUUUAUGGGAAAAUAUGCGGGAAUUCGUUCCUUCAGAAUUCUUCGCUAAAUUCGAUAAAGAGGUUUCUCAAAGUGAGGCAUUGGAAUUUGCUUUCUGCAAAGACAAAAACUUUGUUUACGGCAAAUAUCCUAAAUGCGCACCGCUCAGUUAUUCAUCAGGGCCAGAUGAAGUGUGCCAAAUAGAGAAGGGAACAGGUAAGAAAACGAAUUGCAAAGACAGAAAAUGCUCUUACAUUGUUCGUUAUGGAUCGACUAAAUACAACAAAAUAGUUGAACUGUACAGACCGAUCAAAAUUGUCACGAAGGAAUGCAGGCCUUAUCAAAAUUCGUGUGGCCAGCUGGGCAAAUAUUACAAUUCAAAUAAUAUUAUGCCAGAACUUUAUCCCAAUUUCGAAUUUUAUCCGCGUGGAACCUCAAAUAGAAGAUCCGAAUGCGAAUGUCAGACUAUUUGGUGCGUUGGUGAAACGUUGACAAUCUACAAAGAAAAAGGAAGACUGUACAAAGGAGAUGUAUCAAUUAAGAAACCAUGCAAAUGCGAGUGCAGAAAAAAAGUGACCAGAUCGACUUAUGCAGGAUAAGCAAACAAGGGAGAAUGUUGCCGAUAUGUUGAAUUGUUCAUUGUUAAAAUUAUGUACGAUUUCUUGCAUGUGUA